CUUAUUUACACGUAAAACUCCAACAUCUUUGAUUACUUAACCCAAUCAACAACCUAACGUGUCCCCCGCCAAAGCGCGGGACCAAAAAUCUAUUCUUUUUCACAAAUACCUUUCUUCUUGUGAUGAAUUUACACGAGGCACUCCUCUACAACACCACAUGGCUCCCGUCCCAUUUUCCUUUGCCACUAAUCACCCACCUCCUGCCCUCAUAAAACCCUCACUAAACCCUUCCUAGACGAUUAGACUCUAUCAAUUUACCAAGUUCCAACAAAUUCUCUCUCCUUUGACUUAAUUUUGACCUUUCAAGAGCUUUCUCAUGGAUGGAAACACCCAUUCGGAACAACCUUCGGCCGCCAUUGACGCAACAGAGGAGCUCCUAAUCAAAAUCCCAGCCGCCAUAGUCCACCUAAUCGACAACCAGCAGAGUGUCGAGCUCGCAAAUGGAGACCUGGAAAUCAUCCUCCUCCGCCAAGACACCGCCGGUGUGGCGGUCUUAGCAAGAAUCGGCGAUCAACUCCAAUGGCCUCUUACUAAAGACGAAGCUACCCUCAAACUAGACGACUCCCAUUACUUCUUCACCUUCUCAUCCAACGGCGACGUUUUGAACUACGGCUUAACCAUCCCUUCAAAAGGGCAGGAAAAGUUAUUGAAGAAAUUCGACUCUGUUUUGGAGAAAUACAGCGGGUUUAAAGAAGAGAGGGUGGAAGUGGAGGUGGAGCGUGAAGCGGGGUGGGUGGUGGCGAGGGAGGUGACACCAGAGGAGGUGAAGGUGGAUAUGGAAAAGAGAGAAAUAAUGGAGGAGAGUGCCGCCGCAUACUGGACGACGUUGGCCCCAAAUGUGGAGGAGUAUAGUAAUUGUGUUGCGAGGAUGAUUGCGGCGGGGUCGGGGAUGUUGGUGAAGGGGAUAAUGUGGUGCGGUGAUGUUACUGUAGAGAGGUUGAAAUGGGGGAAUGAGUUUUUGAGGAAAAGGUUGGGGACCAAGGAGAAUGCUCAAGUUAGUCCUCAGUGUUUAAGCAGGAUCAGAAGGGUGAAGAGUAUGACAAAGAAGUCAGAGGAUGCUGCAACGGCAAUUCUUUCAGGGGUUAUAAAGGUGUCGGACACUAUCACAGGCUCAGUCGUCAACUCAAGAGUAGGAAAGACAUUCUUUAACAUGUUCCCUGGAGAAAUCAUCUUAGCUUCAUUUGACGAAAAGAUUUGUGAUGCUGUUGAAGCUGCUGGGAAGAAUGUUAUGUCAACAUCUUCACAUGUGACCACAGAGCUUGUUACAGAGAGGUAUGGAGAGGAAGCAGCCCAAGCUACAAAUGAAGGGUUGGAUGCAGCAGGUCAUGCUUUAGGAACAGCCUGGACAGUUUUCAAGCUAAGGAAAGCUUUGAAUCCCAAGGGUGCUCUUAAACCCACAACUCUUGCCAAAGCUGCUGUCGGAAAAGUCAAAAAAUCUUUAUAGGACGAAGAUUAUGUAAUUUCAUUUUAUUGCCACCUUUUUCAUUGAUGUUGUAGGAGCAGUAAUGUAGUAAGCAUUACUUGAUGAUGCCCAGAGUUAACACUGUUGUUAACAAGUUAUACAGUUUGUUCUCGCUUGAAUAAAUUCAUUUUCCUGAUCGAAA